AUGGCAUCUUGCAGGACAUGCAAUGAGCCUCUUGUGCUCCAUGUGGCUGACAGUGACGACGAAGGAGAAGAUGUCGGUACCGUCGAUGUUCCAGAUGAUAUCGAGCUCUCCUGCCGUUGCCAUUAUCACUGGCAAUGCUUGAUGGACAACGCUUCUUCAAUCAUCUCGAAUCCUCGUUGUCCUUUUUGUGGCCAGGACAUAUCCAGCGCAGCCGCGUCUGCAGCUAGCUCUCAUUCGUCCGAAACUCCUGCUAUCCUCGUUCGAUAUACGAAUGAGGGUGGUACGCAGGAUGGACUAGACAUUUUAUCAUCUAUGACUGAGGAAGCAUAUCUCGAAUCGCAUCCCGAGGCUGCUCCUGCGCGAGCUUUUCAUGUGAUGUGCGCAGAAGGCGAUAUUGAUGGUCUUGUUGAGCUGGUGUACCACUCUGGCGAUCAGGUCCCUGAUGUUGGUGGGAUGAUUCGGUACCAAGAUCCCCUCUCUGGAAUGAAAAGUGGUCUCCAUUUGGCAGUCGAGAACCGACAGGAGCGUGUUGCUUGGCUGCUGUUGUGGCUUUCUUCCUCGCUGCCGUCUGACGUUUUCCCUCUCGAGGCAAGGCAAAGUGUCGAGUCUAUGGGUCUGGGGCGAUUUGAUGUCGAUACUACGACGGAUGUUAGGAGCUUGUUGGACAGCGAGGGGCGCACCCCCUCUGCACUGGCAGCGCAGCUGGGGAGCCCGCAACUGCGGCUUGUUGAUUCUGGACUAUUAGCAUUGUAA